UCGUCAGUUUGCUCUGAAAAGUCAAAGCGUGUGGUAUCGAAAAAACCAACCAAAGUUGCUAUUUCAUAAGGUCUUAAGGUUCUGGUUUUGUGUAUAUAUUUCCCCAGAAUAUUAUACAGUUUUAUCAGUUUGCUCUGAGGAGUCGAAGCGUGUGGUAUUAAAAAAAUUGUUUCUAAAAACAGAAAAAUAUGCAGCCUUUACGGAGUAAAACUAGGUGCAUUAGCAUAUUUUUUCUAUUAAGCUGCCUGCUUAGCUACGCUACUGCCUUUAAUUAUUUAGUAGUAUUACAUACAGGUGCUCGAUCCCAUUACAAUGUGGGAUCCGCUUUGGCCAAAGGAUUGGCUGCUGCAGGCCAUCAAGUGACAAUUGUUUCGCCCUUUGAACUGAAGAAACCGAAUCCAAAUAUUACCGAAGUAUCAGUGCCAAGUAUAUUGGAGGCCAUGAAAGCCAGUACCGAUAAUCUAUUGGAGACUUCUGAAAAGCCAAUUUUGAAUCAGAUUCUGGGCUUUUAUGAAAUGGGUAUUAACAUAACCAAGGCGUUGCUUGAGGAUCCUACUAUAAAAGAGUUUAAAAAAUCAAAGCAGACUUUUGAUGCUGUCAUCUGUGAAGUUUUCCUUAAUGAGGCGCUCUUUGGCUUUGCAGAGCACUUUAAUGCUCCACUCAUAGGCCUCGGAACAUUUGGGGCCAUUAGCUGGAACACAGAUUUGGUUGGAUCACCCUCACCGCCAUCAUAUAUACCACAUGCAUUAUUAAAAUUCUCCGAUCACAUGUCCUUAGUUGAACGUGUUGGAAAUUUGGCAUUCCUCACCUAUGAAGAGAUAUUUAUGAAUCUGUACUAUUUGCCAAAGCAGGAAGAAGUAUAUCGCAAAUAUUUCCCAAACAACAAGCAAGAUUUCUAUGAUAUGCGCAAGAAUACGGCACUGGUUCUUCUCAAUCAGCAUGUUUCGCUUAGUUUUCCACGUCCCUACUCACCCAAUAUGAUUGAAGUGGGCGGCAUGCACAUCAAUCGCAAACGUCAGCCUCUGCCAAAGGAUAUCGAGGAUUUCAUCAAUGGUGCAGAACAUGGUGUCAUUUACUUUUCGAUGGGUUCAAAUCUGAAGAGUAAAAAUUUGCCUCUGGAGAAACGUCAGGCCCUAAUUGAGACCUUUGGUAAAUUGAAGCAGCGGGUAUUGUGGAAAUUCGAAGACACAAACAUGCCAGGAAAACCGGCAAAUGUUUUUAUUUCUGAUUGGUUUCCACAAGAUGAUAUUUUGGCCCAUAAGAAUGUGAUUGCAUUUAUAACUCAUGGCGGCUUACUGAGCACCACGGAGUCUAUUUAUCAUGGCAAACCAUUCGUUGGUAUACCCAUCUUUGGGGAUCAAUUCCUGAAUAUGGCCAGAGCCGAAAGUAAUGGAUAUGGCGUUACAGUAAAUUUCAAAGAACUUACAACAGAAAAAUUAACCAAUGCAAUUGAGAGAAUAAUUUCAACACCAGAGGCCACUCAAAAGGUUCUAGAUAUGUCUGCUCGCUAUAAAGAUCAAAAGGAACUCCCUCUGGAGCGGGCCGUCUAUUGGGUGGAGCAUGUGAGUCGGCAUAAGGGAGCCAAAUAUCUGAGAAGUGCUUCACAGGAUCUUAACUUUGUGCAAUAUCAUAAUUUGGAUGCCAUACUCAUUCUGUACGGAGGUAUUAUCUUUAUCCUAUAUUGCCUAAUGCUGUUGAUCCGCCUUGCUUUCCGAGGUUUACAAGAAUUUUUCAUCAAUAGAAACUCUAAAGCGAGUCAAGACAAAUCAAAGAAACGUAAUUAAAGUGGCAUGUUUUUUUUCCAGUGCAAAAAUUUGUAACUAAAUAAAAAAGGUUUAAGUCUUUUAAUAGAAA